AUGCCGGAGAGGUCGAAUGAGCGAUUGGUGGAGUAUACAACAGGGGAUGCUCUCGAGUUGAGCCCAAGCACCAACGGAAGUCUUGCUCUGUACCGCUGCUCCGUUACGCGUUCGCAAGAGCAUAUUACUCGCGAGCACCCUCACGCGCAACCGCUGGCCAGGAUUCAUUGUAUCAUACAUCAGGAGGCGCUCUGUGGUGAAGUGAUACCGAUGCGUCAUGUUGUCGAAACAGUGACGAAAAUCACAAACUUCAUCAGAGCUCGCGGCUUGAAUCACCGCGAGUUCCGAACAUUCCUCGAGCAGGUCGGGGAAGGGAACGGUGAAAUCCCUUACUACUCCAAUGUUCGUUGGCUAAGUUGCGGACUGACUCUCAAACGUUUCUGGGAUGUUUUAGACCACGUGAAAACUUUUCUGCGGCAGAAAAACAAUUCAUUCGAUGAGCUCAGCGACGAAGAUUGGCUGACGGACUUCGCUUUCUUCGUCGACUUUACAUCACAUCUGAAUGCGCUCAACCUAAAAUCACAAGGGAAGGGUCGUCUGAUAAGCGAAAUGUACGACUGUAUUCGAGCUUUCACCGCGAAGCUGCGACUCUGGCAGGGUGCAAUCAGCCGAGGGAGCUGCCCCCACCUCGCUGAAAGGGGAGAUCAUGGAUUGUCUCGCUACGAAUCCUUCGUACUCAUUCUGAAGAGGUUGGAAACGGAGUUCGGAAAGCGAUUCGAAGACUUCCGAAUACUCGAAGACAGAAUGCUCUUGUUUUCUUCUCUUUUUACCAUGGAUGUCGCAGCGGCGGCGGAUAGCAUUAAAUUGGAGCUAAUUGAGUUUCAGAACAAUACCGAUCUCCGGAACAAGUUUGCAACGGUAGAGCUCUCCCGUUUCUACCAGUCUUUGUCCCCAGUGAACUAUCCGAGAAUCCACGGGAAUGCAAUGAAUAUGCUGGCCGUCUUUGGGAGUACAUAUCUUUGUGAACAAUACUUCUCACGGAUGAAGAACAUAAAAUCUGCGACGAGGUCCCAGAUGACACAGUCUCAUCUAGUAGCAGCGUCGCGCAUCGCCACGACCUCAUUAGAAUUGGAGACUUCAGAGGUGAUGAAGGUCAUGAGGCGUCAGACGUCCUCCACAGCCAAAGAAUGA